AUGGCACGUAAUGAGGAGAAAGCCCAGUCCAUGCUGUAUCGCUUCCGCGAAGCGAAGGCGGCAGAGUUAGGGGUUGCAGGUAGGAGUGACAAGCGCCCUCGAAUGGCUUCCUCCUGUAAAAGUUUGCGUGACUGUGAACGUUGGCGAGGCGAAAUAUUGCGAGAGAUCAGUCGGAAAGUGUCCAAGAUCCAAGACAUGGGUUUGACGGACUAUGAAAUUCGGGACUUGAAUGACGAAAUCAACAAGCUUCUACGAGAGAAGCGGCAUUGGGAGAAUCAAAUCAUAGCUCUGGGAGGGGCAAACUAUCGUCGGAACGUCGCUAUGCUGGAUAGCGAGGGAAAGGAGGUUCCAGGAACAAAGGGCUAUAAGUAUUUUGGUCGUGCAAAGGAUCUCCCUGGUGUAAAGGAGCUUUUUGAAAAGAGUACCUCGGAGGCCGACGAGGAGAACCAAGUAGCAGUGUACUAUCGCAAAUAUCAAAACCAUGGCCCCGCUUAUUAUGGUGAUUUGGACGAAGCCAAUGAUGCUCUUCUUCAGUAUGAAAUACAAGCUGAAGAUAAAGCGUGGGAACAUGCCUAUCAAAAACUUGCAGAAAUACUUGAACUACCUCCUUCCGACAACAUUCCCCCUAUUCCUCGUCCAAAGCCUACCGCUCUCAGCUCACUUGCCGAUCUCUCUCUGGAGUCAAAUCUACCAUCGGCCGGGAACCAAAAGGUAGACAGUGAUGUCGACAUGGAAGAUGUCGCAGCAGGAAAUUCCAUUCGAUUGCCACCUCUACUUUCCGUGCUUAGUUCUGCCGAUGUCCAGCCCCCGGACCUACCUUCUAAAGAGGAGUUGGAGGAUAUUUUGCUGAAACUGAGGAAACGGGCCCUACUAGAGGAGUAUCUAGGCGAAUCGGGUAAAUCUCAAAGCUGAUCACUGCUGCUUGGCCAGGUCUCUUGGUUCGUGGCUCGGUGUGUACAAUACCGCGGCCUUCAAGG